AAAAAUCUCAUAGCGUAUAAGUUAGUCGUGUAGAGCAGGCGGUUAUCGUGUCCACCUUCUACAAUCGUGUGCGCGCUGACUCUGAAAGUGUGUCAACGAUAAAGCUCAAAUUCGCGCAAAACAAAUCCCCGAGCGGCGCCCGCGCACGCUUUAUAAAACUAGUUGCGUCAGCGGCGCGCUUUUCAUUACGAAGGCUGCUAUCGGAGGCGACGGUCGACAACAUGGCUAAGGACGAGCUGAUCAAGGGUGUGCUGUACAUCCUCAAUGUACUAUACGCAUUGUUCGGGCUGGUGACAGCCGCCACUGGCAUCUGGUUCUUCGUGCAGCUUACUGAGUUUGUGACCCUGAGGAAUACCAAUCACUACUUGCUGGAUUACCGAGUGUACUGGCCGCAAGUAGCACCAUGGCUGUUCAUCCUUCUGGGCUUGUUCGUCAUGAUGAUAGCGUUGUGCGGUUGGUGCGGCGCCAACAAGGAGAGCCGAGGACUGCUGGGAAUUUACGCGAUAUUCCUCAUCCUGAUCGUGAUCGGGCAGGUGAUCGCAGCCACGCUCAUCUUCGUGUUUGUGGACGGCGAGGACACCGACAGAUUCAUAAAGGACACGGUGUACGAUGGCUACUAUAACUCGCAAUCCAAUCCGGACGUGUUCAAGGCGUUCGGGCGCAUCGAGAGGAAGCUCCGCUGCUGCGGUGCCAACGACGCUCGCGACUACCGCAGUUGGAGGAACGACCUACCGCUCACCUGCUGCCAGGAUAGCUAUUACCGCGCCACAUGCGAAUUCACCGACAAGGAAGCCAAUGAGAGGCUCGGUUGUGCUAAAGUUGCCUCUGUUUAUACGAAGAUUAUUAGCUCGUCCGUUGCUGGCGCUUCCCUUAUAAUCUCGCUGCUGGAGAUCGCGGGUGUGGUGCUCGCCUGGAAGCUGUUCAACUCGCUGCAGGAGGUGGAGCACUACAUUACGGAGCGCAAGGAGGGUGAGACGGAGUGCUAGCACUGAUGCCGACCUCAGUCAGUAUUAAUUGUACCGCCGAUUUGUACCAUCUUAGUUAGUAACUCGAAUACGACGCGACAUCGACACGCCUGUAGUGACUUUACUAAAAGUUUUCACUGAACGCUUUCACGGCGCUCCGCUCACGUAGGGAUGAACUUCGUUUCCUUCGGGGAAGGAAUUUAGGAAUCUUUGUCCCGGUUUUUCCUGAUCAUUUACAUGUCACAUCUACUUAUGUCACCCUAGUUACCAUUUAAGUGAUCUAGCCAUUACCGAGGUAUCAAUUAAGUUGCGAGUUCAUUAUGCAGUUAUUCAAAGGCCAAUUAAAUACGCGUUUAUUUAAAUGUUUAGGUUAAGUUGUUGAUUUCUAAAGUGUAUCUGUGCAUUGUGUGGGGGCCACGCCUAGGGUCGGCUGUAACACUGUCUUAGAUUGGGCUUAAUCAGUAAUUUCCUCGUCUGAUUCCAUGAUUCAUUACCUGCCUUGAGUCACAAUGGUACUCAAUUGCAUCUCGUAAUCUGUCAACUGACCUUCCCCCCUCCCUGCCACACUAUGUUAAUGUGAUGUGUUCAUUGCGCGCGCGGCUUGCGCAACCGCCUAGUGAAGUGCUAAAAGAAUCCAUGGAUAGCUACUUGAGAUUUUCGAUCGUGUCCCACUUAAGAAGGUCUCUUAUGUGAAAUUAGUGACCUUCGAUCGACCAACUUAUAGGCUUUAUUGCGACGACUUACGGUUCAAUAUAAAUGUUUGGUAUUUGUUUACAAAUCGACCAUCGAUGUAUGUUAAUUUUUACGCAACAGUGUGCCCCCGCCUUAGGAUUUCGUCAUUUUUAUUGUGUAUUCAAGCGCCGUGCUAUUGACAGGUGUUCGUAGUUCUCGCGUUGUGUCGCAAUCAUUGCGUAUUUAUAUAGUUAUUUAAUGUCGUCUCUGUAUGUCGGUCCGUCUAUGUAAUGUAGUAGAGGAAAGUUUCCGUCCGUAUGUUAACCGUGUUUGUGUCUGAGGACUGAACGAUUGUCGAAUGUAGUUGUAAAAGUUGUAAUCGUUUAGUUCCGUGUGCUAAUGUUUGCAAUCCGCAUGCCAAAGAGAAUGUACCUACAGUACACAUAUGUAUAUAUUUUGCAUGCAAAAGAUAUAAUUUUUAUAGCAAGCGCGCGUCACACCAUACAUUAUAUUUAAGACAUAUUUUUAUAAAUAAAAGAGAUAUUAUGUAAAAGUCGUACCUAGUCUUAAGCCAUUUCGUUUUUAAAGAAAAUAAAUAAACAUUUUUUUAUAAAA